AUGGACGCGCCGGCGGGCGCCCCGCAGCCGCCGCCGCCGCACCCGCCGCACCCGCAGCCGCCGCACCCGCACCCGCAGCCGCACGCGCCGCCGCGGGCCCGCACCACGCGGCUCGCCGCCUCCCGUCCGCAGCGCCCGGGCUCUGAGCCGCCGGGGCCUCCCCGCUUCGCCCCCCGAACCCCCGGAGCCGCGCACAGUCCCUCCCAGGCGACCGCCGCCCACGCCGCGCCCCUCGUAGCUGUCGUCCCGCCCCGACGAGACCCGAGCCACCGCCCGGCGACGGGGAGCCCCGCCAGCCCAGCCCAGCCCAGCCCAGCCCAGCCCCGCUCGCGGGCAGCCGUGGGGCGCCCACCCGAGGUUCACCGCCUGCGCCUGCCCUGCGCCGGGGGCCGCUCGCACUCGCCUACUCCCCUGUGCACGCCUCCCGCCGUCCGGCCACGGGAUGCGCUCGGCGGGGCUCGGUCCUCGGUAACCCGGGCGGCGGGGCGGGCGGGUGCGGCCUGGAGGUCGGUCCUCGGGGCUCCGGGGACGCCCCCCGGGUGGCCGACCCCCUCCCCGGGGCGCCCCCGGCUGCGGCCCUGGGCUGCCCCGCGCCCCGCCCACAGCGCGCUCCUCCCGGCUCUGCGGGGCUCCCGUCCGGGGGGCGCCCCUCGGGCCCCGGGUGCGCACCGGGCUUGGCGCCGCGGCGUCGGCAGAGCCAGGUGCCCCGUGGUGGCCGCGGGGGCCGGAGCCGGAGCCGGAGCCGCGCUGGGCUCGCAGGGCCGCCCCGCUGGGGUGGGCGCCCCGAAGCUGUCAGCGGCCCCGGGGGGCACUGCGUACCUCGCCAUCCGGCCGCCGGCGCCCCAAGGCCCGCAGGUCCGCUGCCCUUGGGCCGCGGGGGAGGCAGGCGCGGCGGCUGGCGCAUCCGCAGCCCGCGCGACGCGAGGCGUCAGCACCGGCCCCAAGGGGGACAGGCCCGGCGGGAGGGGCCCACCUGCGGCCCGACGCCGGGCUGUGGGCACCUCGGGCUGCGGGCGUCACGACAGCCGCUUCCUCGGGUGCCGACCCCGGCUCCAGACCCCGGCCGCGGGGGCCCGGACCAGCUCCGCCACGGGGAACCCCGGCCACACACCGCGGGCGGGCCCCGCUGACCCUCGCCCGGAACCCCCGCCCCGCCCCGGGACCCCGGCCCCGCCCCGAACCCGACCUCGCCCCCCAAUCCCGACCCCGCCCCGGAACCCCGCCCCCGCCCCGAACCCCGACCUUGGCCCCAGAACCCCGACCCCGCCGAGGGGCGCGCGGUCCGUCGCUGGCCGCCUGGCCCGUGGUGCUCGGGUCCCGCACUCCGGGGACCAGGAGGAGCGGCCCGGGGGUCUGCGCCCAGGUCACGGCCCGGUCACGCCCCGGCCCCGCCCGCACCUGCACCCGCGCCCCUCCCGGCACCUCGGGGCCCGUCUGCCCUUCGGAGCCCUCGGCCGGGCCGGGGUCGGGGGGGGGGCGUCUGCCCGCGGCUCGGGGUGCGACCCCCCCCCCGGGGGCAGGGCGCUCAGGGAGCGGACACCCGGCCGCAGGGUGCAGGACGCCGCCCUCGGGUGCUCCACCGGGUCUCCCGCCCCCGGGACCGCGCGGGCCCCAGAUCCUGCAGCUUCAUGGGCGACGCCGACCCCGACCCCGGCCCCUCCGCUCUGCGCCGCGUUGAUUCCUCUGGCUGUGGGCGAGCUGAGCAUCUCCUGGCACCGCGCAGUCCCCCGCCUGGCCCGCCCCGCACAGCGGGGACUUCGUCGUCCAGUAUUUAAGAAUUUAUUAUGUUUUCGUGUAUUAGAGAGGUUGGUAGAUUAG